GUUGAUCGUGUGUGGAGUUCUGUGCGCGCUGAAUUGUGACACGCGAUCGCAGACUGCCGAGUUUUUUUUUUCUUGAUGUGUUGUUCUGUUUUAGUGUGUUGAUGGUGUAAUUUUCGGUGUGAAGACCUUUUGAAGACCCUUGCGCGCGAUCGUGUUCGGUCGUGUUUUCACCGCGCUUGAUUGAUCGCUCAAUUUCCACCUUGAUUGAUCUAAUCGGGCUUGGAGGUGUUGUGUGCGAAUCGUUGUUACCGACACACUUCCUUUCCUUGAACGACGGCUACUUUUUGUGUUUUUGUUUCAACAUUACUGGCCUUGAAGUGAGUUCCGUUGAAUAUUCAUGAGUUUGCAAAACCAUCGCAAGCAACAACUGUAGCGAGUGUGUCCUCCUUAGAAGAGAGAGUGUUUGCAGAUCAAUACGCGCGUGACCUCCGACCAUGGUGAACAAACAAUACAACGUGCACAACCCAAAGUUGCACAAGUCCAAAGCGGGUGGAUCUCCACCGCCCAUCCGUAACUUCCCAGAGGUAUCGAACCUCCCGAAUCCCUCGACCGGAUCCUCGUCCGGCUCGCUGGAGAACAACCUGAACCACGUUACGGAACGUCACCACCAUCAUCAUCACCACCAUCACAACCACAGCCAGAACCAACAGCUGCUCCAGAACAACCUGGACAUGGUUGGGGCUGGUGAUCGCAAUCGCCGCCGCGGAACCGCCUCGCCGCCGUCCGACGAGGACUUUGGCGAGGACGGCGUGUACGGCCGAAACAUCAGCUACUACAGCGAGACGGCGGCGGCACAGCUGGGUGGUGGUGGCGAAAGUGGCUCCAACGAGCGGCUCAGCGUCAAGGACCUGGCGGACAUCAGUGACAUUGGCCGGUUUCAGUACAUUCUGCAGAUGGAUCGUGAAGUGGGCACCCCGUACAGCGGCUACACAACCUCAUCCUCCCCCACCCAGAACUGCCCCAACUCGUCCGCGCCCAACUCCCUGCCCAGCCACCUGCACACCAGCCGCCAGAGCUACAACUUCUGGAAGGCGUCCGGCUCGCAGUCCCCGCUAACCAGCGCCUCCUCCAUCAAUUCCUUCUUCCGCCCAUCCGUGCACUCGCGAGGCUGCUUCCGCCGGACACUCCAUCAGAUUUGGCGCUUCCUCAAGUGGCCACUGGGACUGCUGCUGAUUUGCAGUUUGCUAGGUUUAGUCGUGUACUUUUUGGUUGUAGAUAGGGACAUUAUGAGCAGCUCGCUGCUCGGCGACGGCGACGUGUACAACGUGGAGGAGAACCUCUCGAUAGACUUCAACGAUUUUACGCACACCAACGAUCUGGACAGCGGCCCCGUCACGACGUUCGGCCGCGAUCACAAGGACAACGCGAUUGGCUUCUCCAAGGACGGCGCCACUCCCAAUUCCAAGUAUUCGUUUGGGCUGAAUAACGACCUGCUGGCGGUGCUGGUCAAAAAGACCAACAACGGCGAAGGUCAGAACACGUUUUGGACGUCGACCUCGACGGAGCACGAGAGUCUGAGCGAGGAAACUCCGGCCCAGGUCGUGAAGGUGCUGAGUAGUACGACGACGGCACCGGUCCGGAAGACCAGCACCAUCUCACUGAAGGACUACACCAAGGGCCGGGUUCAGUUCGACGAGGACGAGGUGUUCGAGGUGCCAGCUGAUGAACACACGACGCGGGCCAUCGAUGACGUGCAUCACCACCACGACUUGGACGGCGGGAUACAGCGAAAUCUCACUUCCGCGUCCUCGUCGACGACGGGCAUCACCACCUCCACCACGGACUCCAGCCUGUACCGGACCAAGGUAUCGCCGACGUUGCCCAUUCUGUCCCGGUUUGAGAUCACCACCGAAGGUUUGAAACGUUUCAAUAUUUCCGAAGAAGGUACUGCCCCCACAAGCCAACUAGACAGCCCUAAACCGUGCAGAAGAGAAGAAGGAGGAGAGGUGAGCUCCCCGCGGAAGAACCCAUCCCAACUAACGCCCUGUCCCUUUCUUGGCCGGCUCCUUUCAGGCAUUUGCAAGUCGACCUCGUUGCCCCUGUGUCGCGGGGUGCUCCAGUACGAUCUGACCAACUCGAGCAACCGGCGGCUGACCAACGUCGAGUACGAGCACUUCCAGUAUCUGAUCAACUCCAAGUGUUCCGUGCGGGUGGCGGAGUUUGUGUGUCUCAUUUUGGAGCCCGAGUGCCGGCCCACUCGGAUGGGGACGCUGGCACCGUGCAAGCGGAUCUGCAAGUCCAUUCUGGAACCGUGCGCACACAUAAUCGCCUCUUCGGAGGUCCUGACCGCCACGUUUGACUGCGACGCCUAUCCGGACUCCAACGACCGGGCCGUGUGUGAGGAUCCAACCCGACACAGCAAGUGCUACGCCAACGAGUUCCAGUGCGCGGACUCGAGCUGCAUCCCACUUCAAUGGAAAUGCGACAACAUCAAGGACUGCCAAAGCGGUGAGGACGAAUCUGACUGCAAGUUCUGCGAGCGGGACGAAUACCGGUGCCUUUCGAACGACAAGUGCAUCCCAGAUAAGUGGCGCUGCGAUCAGUACGAGGACUGCCCGGACGCGUCCGACGAGCUGGAUUGCUACUACGAUGAACCGACCACCUAUCCAACGGCCUUCGGCAGCCAACGUGAGUAUCCGUUUGUGCAGGUCCAGGUUCCGAACAGUCCCGUCAACGGCAAACCAUACCUGACGAUUACGAACGAGGAUCGGGAGCGUAAUCUGCACCAACAGGAUCAACAGCAGGACAAAUCGGGUCGCCAGCAGCGACACUAUCCGGACUAUGAUUCUUCCCGGGAGGACGACGAGUACGAGCCAACGGCAGCGGAGAACGUGCCCCAGAUCAACCGCAGGAACCGUACCGAAACCGUUGAGAGCAGGACAGCGCGGUUGGAGGAUCAGACGGAAGCGGAAACCACGAGGACCAUUUCGGUUCCCAAGUCUUUGAGUAACUUCCAGGACAGCAAGGAAAUCAUGAUGACGUCGGACUCGGAGAACGAUUUCAGAUACAGCAGCACCAGCAGGGCAUUCUUGACGACGGCACACGCGUCACCGUGUCCCGAGGGGGAGCUGCGGUGCGUGAGCGGAAUUUGCAUUUCAGUGAGCCAGUUGUGUGAUAAGGUGACGGAUUGCCCGGACGGGGCCGACGAAGCCAUGUGCGUCUACAAGGACGAAACCACUGAGCAGAGCCCGCCAAAAGAAUAGUACCAGUUGUGUAGCAUAGACAAAAAGAAACGCGAUAUUUAGUAGUAGCAAAAGAACAAAA